AUGACAACAAACAAACGCGUGCUUUACUGCGGAGGACUGUCUGAAGAGGUGGACGACAAGAUGGUUGAGUCGGCUUUCAUACCAUUCGGCGAUAUAAUAGACGUGAAUUUGCCGAUCGAUUUCGCGACACAAAAACACCGCGGAUUCGCUUUCGUAGAGUUCGAGUCGGCCGAAGACGCGGCCGCAGCCGUGGACAACAUGAACGACGCCGAGAUCUGCGGCAAAACCAUUCGCGUCAAUAUCGCGAAGCCUAUCAAACUCAAGGAGGGAUCCGCUCGAGCCGUCUGGUCGGAGGACGCGUGGCUUCAGAAACACGCGGGACAGACACUCACUGACGGCCAGCAGAAGGACACCAAUAAGACCGACGACGAGAAGGAGGGCGAGUCCGCGGCCGCCGCCACCGCUGUUGAGGGCGAAUCCGCUGGCGGUGAGAAACUGGAGGCCGAUAUGGAGGCUGUGGCCGAUGAGGACGAGUCGCCAGAAGUGAAGCGUUUGAAAGCGAAUCCCAAUGUGUUUUUCGAUAUGCGAAUGGACGGCCAGUUUAUCGGCCGAAUACGGAUUAUGCUUCGCAAAGACAUGUGUCCGCUAACGGCCGAGAAUUUCCGCUGCCUUUGCACUCACGAGAAGGGCUUUGGCUUUAAAAAUACCAUUUUUCACAGAAUUAUUCCCAAUUUUAUGGGCUGUUGUUUGAUGUACUGUCCCUUCUUCUCGAGGAACAUCUCGAUGAGUAGUUCCCUUCCCUGCGGGUGA